AUGCCGACGUCUAACCAGUCAACGUCGCCGCCUCCUCGCCGGCGACGAGCUCUGCAAGAGCGCAGCUCAGCUCACAACAAUGAACGAUCGCCAACUCGGUCCAUCCAAUCACUCCGCAUGGUCUUCGGGGAGAAAGAAGAUGCCGACAUGUAUACAGCUACUCCAUUUCCCACCAAGCCAGAACAGAUCUUGCUGCCGAUUCCCGGUAAAGGUCAGCAAGGGUAUAUCUCGGAUACGGGCUUUAGCUAUGCAGAUACCCCCGGCCCAUCCACGUCAACCUGGUCAUCGCCCACUUUUAGCCAUGCCGCGGCUAGUAGCACGCGGGACCUGUCUAUUCGCGAGACAUGGGAUGUAUCGUCAACCGUGGAUACGGUCAAUUCACCACCCCAGAUGUGGGAUGAUCCUACUUCUAGCAAGUCCUCCCUGCCAGAGGUCAGCCCAAUGAUCAAACAUGAGGAGUAUAUGUCAGACGGCCCCUACGAGCCAGAGUACUCAGAUGAUGAAAUGAUAGUACUGCCCACGGCAACACCUACUAUCAAAGCUGUCAUCUCGGAACCUCCGACCUCGCCCAAGUCUGUCAGUGAAGAGGAUCAAUCUAUCAUUGCCUAUUCCAGUCCCAACAUCGAGCAGAUCGGUGCCCCGUCAAGCCCUAACUUUGAACCCAUUGGCGCACCAUCAAGUCCCAACUUUGUGACACUGGACAACUCGAGCGUCACCUUCCUGCCACAUGGUGCAGACAAUUCCGACUCAGAACCACGCUCCAAUUCGCUCUCAUCCUGGAAUUCUCGUGGAACGGCCGUUCGACACGCCGGUACGUCCGCUCCCUGGAUCCAUACGGCUGGCUCAUCCGAGCAAGUGAGCACGCGCUCGCCAUCACCAUUCCACUCCAGCCCGCCAUUGCGCUCAGUAUCAUCAUUCCGGUCUGUGACUAGACGUCCAUCAGCAAGUCGGUCUCGCUCCACGAAUUCCUCCACACGCAGCUUCCGCUCCGUCUCGGAGAUGGCCGCCGCCAUCGACAGUGGUAUCCCAAUCCAGUACGCACGUAUCAGAGCACCGUCAUCUAGCUCCCGCGCCGAUACAUCGGUCUCCUCAGAUCGUGACUUCACUCCGACCCGAGACUUCACACCCGGUCCAGCCUCCGGACGCUGGAACCCGCAUCUGUCCCGUGUAUCUUCAGUCUGGUCCGACGAAGAUCUGUCUAACCUCGCCGCCACGGGUCAACCCGAGUCUACCCCAGUCCGCGAGAUGUCAAUGUCCGAACCGGCCGUCCCAGAUGCAGUCGCUCUAAGCUCGAAAACCAGCAACUCAAGCGACUGGGCGGUAACAGACAGCGACGAAGAGGAGCGACUAGACAGUCUGACAAAUCUACCCCCACGCCUGGGCUUCCCAACAAGUCUCUCUUCAGGGUCUAAGCGCAGCAACAGCAAUCGCAGUCUCAAACGACCUGGCACAGCUUCAAGCACCGUCUGGCAUAUCCUGCCCACCUGGGCAAAGAUAUACUACCGCGCCGACGCACUGGGGCUGAACUCAGCUCUCUCAAUAAUGGACGUCAGCAGACCUGGUACCUCCAACUCCAGCGUCUUCAAUUUCAAUCUCAUGCCCACACCACUAAACAUCCCCCGUCCUCGAUCCCCGGACCGUCCUCACUCCCCACCGCAACGCCCAGCAUCACCACCCCAACCCCAGCAACUUGCUCAAGAACCCUCCGAGCAAACUGCCAUCCAGCAAACUGCAGUCUCACUCCCCCAACGCCCCGGCGCAGUCCGCUUCGUCCAGGGCCACAUAGAAAACGACCCCCUCGACCCGCGCGCGCACUGGGUCCCCGACCCCGAAGAAAACGGCCAAGUCGUCGGUCCAUCACGACAUCGAACCCGACACAGCUGGUCCCCGCAUUUACACUCUGACCGACGCGGGAUUCCGCACUCGAGUAGUGCAUGGACGGCGCCUUCGUUGGAUUCUACGAAUGAACCCGCCUUCGGGAGGAGGAAUGUGCAGGUUUAUUCUUUUUGUUUGGGGUUUAUUUUUCCGCUUGCUUGGAUAAUCGCAUCGUUCCUACCUCUCCCGCCAAUGCCGAAACUUACGCCGGAGAUGGUGCAUGUGAAUGACGAUGAUGUCGAGAUGGCGCUGGAGUCGCAGUUGAUUUCGUUGCAGCGGCGACGACAUGAGAAUGCGCGGUGGUGGAGGAAUCUUAAUCGGUGGAUGAUUUCUCUUGGUGUGGUGAUUAUCGUUAUUAUUAUUGCAUUGGCUGUUAUUGGGACUACUACCGGCUUUUAA